UCUGGGACCUGGCCCCGUGGCUGAACGGCACACACCGAGCGCGCACCAUGGCAGCUACCCACGGCGAGUACAGAGGCUACCUGCGGAACACCGUCGACGUGGAGGCAGGGGAGCACCGCUUCCACCCGGUGCAGAGCUCGGAGACCACGUACCGGCCGCUCCUGUUCGGGACCCUGGCGGUUAUGGGAUUGCUUCAGGUGGCUUCCAGCGUGGCAAUCUUAUUGCACCUGACGGGUUACCUGCAAGAGGUGGAUCUGUCCACAGCUCCACACCGGCCCAUAGAGGAGGUGCAGACGGAGCCGGUGCUGAACGCUCUGAGGGACCCGAGGCGGAAAGGGCGCUGCAAACCGUCCAGAGAGGUCCUCCCAUCGGCUCACCUGCCCAUUUCGACCAAGGAGUACUACCCGAGCAACCAUAAAGCGAUGGUCGUCGCCUGGGACCCGGAGCCGCAGUACCGCAACCGAAUGGGCUACGCCGACGACAAACUGCAGGUGCUCGUGUCCGGCUUCUACUACAUCUACACCAAGUUCUGCUUCCGCUACUACUCCCCUACCCCCCCCCCGGGGGGGGAAAGCAACACGCAGCUCAUCCACUACGUCUACCACGAGAGCAUCAAGCAGAACAGCAAGGCCACGCUGCUGAUGAAGGCGGGCAGCACCAUGCGCCUGAACGUCACCACCUACAACAUGUACUGCACCCAGCAGGGCCGGGGGGUCCGGCUGGACGAGGGGGACGCCCUGCUCGUCAAGGUGUCCAACGCUUGGAUGCUGGACCGGGAGGGAGAAGGGACGUAUUUCGGGGCCAUAAAGUUGGGUAACUGAGAAAAGGGGGGGGGGGGGGGGAAGACGCGGGGAGCGGACAUGCUACUGAACAUUUGAUGCGCCAAAGAACCACUGUUAGCCAUCUUAUAGCGUUGACUUAAGUCUGUCUUCUGUUUGCUCGUGUGUGCGUUUUUUUGUCGUUUUUUGGGGGGGGGAAACAUGGAAACGUUUUACUUGGCAUCACAACAUUCGGACUUGAGCACAGUCAUGUGUUGCACUAAUUCAACGCGGGCACAGGGGGAGCAAAUUGGGACGAAGAAGUGCUGUUGAAUCCAUGUUGAAUAUUGAUUGUUCAGAAACGAGCGGCAAGCUUCCCAUCCAGCAGAUUAUAGCAGAACACAAUAGAACGGGGGGGAUGCACACAGACGCUUUGCCAGCAGGCCGCUAAUCGGCAGUUGGACGAUGAGUUAUAUCACCCGCAACAUCUCUCAAGACUCACUUUGAGUCAGACUAAGAAGGUCACGCGUGCGCGCCUGUGCUCCGUUGAACCCCGACUUGCGCUCCCCGCCCCCCUGAAGGCCACCCGAGAGCGGCCCGCUCGCCCUGAAAGAGCAAAUGCGCGACGACGUCAUUUUAAAACCACAAGUGGGAAUGACACCGACCAACCAACGAUGCAGAUAGCUGGACUGUCUGACCACAAAUCACAGCGAGGGACUCUUUUUGUCUUUUUUUUUUUUAAACUAGAGGGACCGAAUUGAGUUUGGUUCAUCUUUAACUUAAAUGUUUUUGUUUUUUCUUUUGGCUCUACAGUGGGGUCAAUGGGAAUGUGCACUAAGUAUUUAUUUAUUAGCCGUAGAAGUACAGAGACCGGUCAUUGCUAAAGUGACCAUACAGCUGUAAAAACAAACAAAAAUACAGUUAUAUUUUAUGUCUGUGUGACAUUCAUUAUGCAGCACUUAGGAAAAUAUUAGACACGCUUUUUGUUAUUAAAACACAGGGGCUCCAUUUAAAAUUCUAUAUUUAUGUAUCUUGAUUUUGACAAUUCUGUGUGCACUUGCUAGCCAAAAGCAAUAUGGAUGUGUUGUUUCUUCUCCAAGGUUGUAGCCGUAAGAUCCUCCUCUGACUUCAUCUGCAAGACUCUUUUUUUUUUCUCCAUUUAGUGUUUUUAUUUUUUUAUUUAUAUCUGUGUAUGUUUUAAUAAUAAAAAAUAAAAAAACUACU